AACAAAGACGAGUUAAUCUUUACAAUGAAAUAUAUUAUCUUAACCACGGUACUGUUGAUAAUGACCAAACAUUACGGUUCAUACUCGGUAUCUUAAACCAUGUUGUAAGAACAUAAGUUAAUGCACGUUACACCUGCGUAAUGACCACAUAAGAAAAUACAGUGGAUGGACAAUAUCUCAAUCUUUACGGGAUUCCUGAAAUAGCUGAAGAGAAUUCUGUAUUUCGAUUACGUUGCCAGAGACCUGGUAGUGGAUUGGCUUAUAAAAGAGCAAUAUUUCAAAGGAACGGCACUGAUGUUGCUACUGUGACAUGGGGAGGUUUCUGGAGUCAGUCCACUUGUAGAUUGUCUGUACACAAUGGAGAACGUGAUUAUGGUUGUGAAUCAUCAUUACGAACCAAAACUCUUGUAAUCUACAACAUCAACAAGACGAGAGAUUCUGACACUAUAUGGUUCUGUAGAAAUAGUUACGGGGGAAGUUAUCAAUAUACUCUACCUGUCAAGAUAGAUCCACCGCUGUGUGAAUUAACAACGAAUAUUAGAUACAAUAAAUCCGGUGAUCCAAAAGUUGGUAGUCAAGGUGGUAAUAAACCCGGUGAUCCAGACGUUGGUAGUCAAGAUGGUAAUAAACCCGGUGAUCCAGAAGUUGGUAGUCAAGAUGGUAAUAAACCCGGUGAUCCAGACGUUGGUAAUCAAGAUGAUAAUAAACUGGUUUUAUCUGAAGGUGAUGAUCUUUAUUUAAACUGUUCGGCAUCCAUUGUUUCUAGUAAUCAUACAAACAAUGAAAUAACCUACCAAUGGAAGAUUUAUGGAGAUAAAGAUGAAACAUACAAUGGAUCAGUUUAUGAUAAAUCAAAUAUAACAAGAUUAGACGGGGCUAUGUACAUUUGUUCUGCAUCUAUAGGAUCAUAUUGUACUAGCAGUGAUGUCACGAAUAUACAGAUACAAUAUCCUCUUAGUUUAAAUAUAACUGUUAAUGAUACAUCAGAAGCCGUUGAACUGAUUUGUCGAGUGGUGGACGGCUACCCUACUAAUUUUACCAUGAGUAACUGGACACAUUACAUUGAUGGUCAGUUUGUGAGAGAACUAGAGGGAGUGGUAACAGAAGAUAGAACAGCUCUAGUUUUAAAUAACACAAAAUUAAACGAAGGAACUUAUGUCUGUAAUGCUAGUAAUGGUAUUAAGGAUUUUAGAGGUUCAGUUUAUCAAACAGAUGUAACAUAUAUCAAUAUAGAAGCACCACCAUUAGCAUUGGAUGAUGGACAAGUGAUUGACGUGAGAGUGCAGAAUAAAGUUGAAAUUAAAGCACCGUUUAUAAUUAGUGGAGAUGUUUAUAACACCACGUGGUAUCAACAACAAGUUAACAGUUUGAAUAAAACAGCAAUCUCAGUUGAUACAACAUCUGAACAUGGAAUCAGACCAGUAAAUAUAUAUGGUACUGUAAUAAAUAAACACGUAACAAUUAUAUCAGGCAUUGUAACAAUUAGUGAGAUGGUGGAUAUCACUGUUACUGUAACUGUAUGUACUCAGUAUGGUUGUACAGAUUCUUAUCAACACGUAACAGAUUUAACUGCCUCAAGAGCCACACAAGGACCUGAAAUCAACAUAGGGCUGAUUAGUGGAGUGAUUGUAUCUAUAGUAUUAAUACUAGUGGUCAGUUUUAUCAUCUUCAUGGUGGUCAGAAAAAAACGACAGCCUAAUCAAGAAAGUUUGACGUACAGCGGAUUACAAAUUGGUACUGGUGAGGGUAGGUUAGAAUCAACCUAUGAUGGUUUAAGAACCUAUGUUAAUGUACAACAUCCUCCUGGUGAUCACGGUUUAGAUAAUACUUCAAGUAACGAACCUCCUGUCUCGGGUGUGGCUAAUACUUCAGGUGACGAUCCUCCUGUCUCGGGUGAAGUUCUCAACAACCCGACUUCCAUUCACUUGAUUUAAUAUCUGUUUAUUUGGUGCAAUGUCUAUUUUCUGUCUUGUCCGCAGGUUUAUCUUGUAGAUUUUUGUUUUACGUGUAGUGCGGUCCUUCUGCACUUACUAGUAGACUUCAUUUCUAUAUAUAGAACGUGUUAUUUAAAUUCAAAAGACUAAGACAACAACUUUGUGUACUUCAAGUCAUGAACAGCAGGUUGGGUGGUCGAUGGGUCAUGCCGAAAUGACCUUUGUGCGGACGUUAACCUCACAUCUCUCUCUCUCUCUCUCUCUCUCUCCCUCUCUGUAUUAAAUAACAGAUUAACCUUCUGCCCCCUAUUCCCUUUUCGAGAAAAAAAAAUCCAUGGUUACCUCCCUUCUUAGCUAAACAACAUAACACAUACUUAUAGUUAUGGAAAACAGCUACUAGUGUAUUUAAGGCGACGUUUCGUAGAGUAUUCUCUCGACGUUAUCAAGCUAAUACAGUAAAACAGGUAUGAGGCAAAUAUAUAUAGACUAAGUAUUUGCGAUAUUAACCGAAUAUGGUUAAUGAAAUAUGUGCAAUGAAAUACCAGUUAUAUUUAAUCUACCCUUCAUCAUGUUACAUUUAUCUGUUGUAUAUACUCUAUUGCCUUAAUUUAUUGUCUUAACUAUAAUAAUAAUCACCUCCCAUAUUCGGUUAAUAUCGCGGCUACUUAGUCACCUUAUUGAUCGUUUAACAUAGCGGUUUGUUUUCUUACUUUUGUAUAUUGUUACCAAAUUGUGUCACAACUCUUUGAUCUAAUUGUUGUAAGGUAUGGUUUCCAUUCUUGUUGUUAAGACAUCCUCACUGGCCAUAAUUAACUCUCUAUCUGCUAUUGUAUAUCUUAAUAAGUGUUGGUGUAGGCCUUUGAUCAUGUUGUUGCUAAGUAUGGUUUCGGUUAUGUUGUUGUAUUUUGUCUAUAUAUAUUUGCCUCAUACCUGUUUUACUGUAUUAGCUUGAUAACGUUGAGAGAAUACUCUACGAAACGUCGCCUUAAAUACACUAGUAGCUGUUUUCCAUAAGUAUGUGGUUUGUUGUUACUCUAUCCAGUUACUAAAUGCCUUUUAAAGAACAUAUUCUUAGCUAAAGCUUCAAUCAUCCCUUCCAAUCGUACUUCGUAUAUAUAAAUGGUGCACCAUGGUGGCUCGCUAACCAGGAGAUCCUAACAAACGGUGCAGGAUCGAGGGCCUGGAGAGCACAGCGUAUAGUCAGUAACUUGCACGUAAAAAACCGUUAUCUCAAUUGGAAUUGGAAAUACCCUGAAGUCGUAGUGCAAAAUCCCCCCAUAUCACACUGUAUGGUGCAAAUCAUUACCCCAGUCCUUACACAAAAGGAUGACGUUUUCCCUCAUUUCAUAUUUUUUCCAUAGCAUUUGCAAUCGUACCUGGUACUUAGAUACGCAGCCCUUAAAGGCCGGAGUAAUUCCCUAUCUGAUUCCUUAAAGGCUCAAUACCACUCUUGUUGUAACAGAAUAAUAUGUCCCAAUCUUUAUUCUGGUCAACAAAUUGUACAAUUUUACAGUAUUCCAAUUAAUUGAUGAUACAAAUUUCAUCUUAACACACCUAAUUUAAAAAAUUGGAAAAAUUCAACUAAAUGAUUUGAAAAGCCUAAUGUAAACCUUUUCAAAUGUGACUUGGAUUUAAAAAUAUUUUCGAACCCUCUGGACAAGUAAAAUAGGGUAUAAUGGAUAAUUUACACAACAGGUAGGACACUUAAACAUCUAAUACUUAGAA